AUGCCUCUAGCUGAGAAUGUUGUCGGUCUCAACGUGCACAAGGUCGUCGAGCCCGACUCCGACCAGGGCGUCCAUCCCGAGAAGGCUCACCAAGUCAGUGCUCUUGACGUAGAGUCUCAAAACAACUCUCUCGAUCACACACGCUCUGUCAUCGAUGAUGAAGCAUAUCCGGCUCCGACCGACGAGGAACGCUCGACGUUGCGCAAAGUUGCAGACUCCAUCCCCAUGAUAUCGUGGUCCCUUUGCGUCAUCGAAAUGGCCGAGAGAGCAUCAUACUACGGUGUCAAGGCCGCAUUCAACAACUACCUCCAGUUCCCUCUGCCUGAAGGAGGUCCUGGCACCGGUGCUAUCAACAGGGCCAAGCCCAACUCUCAUGCUGGCGCUCUUAAUCUUGGACUACAGACAGCUUCUGCCCUGGGUCUUCUAUUCACCUUCCUGGCUUACGUUAUUCCAAUCUUUGGUGCGUGGAUUGCAGACGUCAAAAUUGGCCGCUAUAAAGCCAUUGCAUGGGGUGUGGGUAUUGGAGCUGUUGCCCAUGUCAUCAUGGUUGGAGGCGCUGCUCCCUCAAUCUUGAAAGCCGGCCACGGAGUUGCGCCGUUUCUUAUCAGCUACUUUCUCCUUGCCAUCGGAGCCGGUAUCUUCAAGCCCAACGUUGCGCCCACUGUCAUCGACCAGUACAAGCACCAGCGCGAGUACACCAAGGUUCUCAAGUCAGGAGAGAAGGUUAUUGUUGACCCCGAGACCACCGUCAGCCACAUCAUGUUGAUCUUCUACGCGUUUAUCAACGUUGGCGCCUUCUUCUCCAUUGCUGUCGUCUACAUUGAGAAGUACCAUAGCUUUUGGUUGGCUUACCUCGUGCCCGGUAUCGUCUACUUCCUGCUUCCGCUUUUGCUUCUCGCCACAUACAAGCGAACAGUCAGAAUCCCGCCCCAAGGUUCCGACCUGAACCGCUUUGUCAAGAUUACUGUUUCAGCAAUUAAAGUGAGCAAAGGCAACAUCUUCUCCAAGAACUUGUGGCAAAACAUUCGCCCCACUGCCCUUGCCGAGCGGGGAGUUCAUGUCGGAUACUCUGAGAAAGACGUUGACGAUGCGCGCCGUACGUGGCAAGCUGUGCAGAUUUUCCUGUACAUUCCCAUCUGGAACUUGAACGAUGGUGGUGUUGGAAAUGUUCAGAGCAACCAAGGUGCGGCGAUGACAUCUGAUGGCGCACCAAACGACUUGCUCGGUCACUUCAACCCAUUGGUCAUCAUCGUCUUCUCCCCGUUCAUGGCGAACAUUGUAUACCCAUUCCUUGAGCGCCGAAACAUCAAGUUUGGCCGUAUCAGCAGAAUGACAGUGGGAUUCGUUUUGGCCAUCAUCUCAUCCCUUAUCGGCGCCUUGGUACAAUGGCGCGUCUAUGCGACGAGCCCAUGUGGUUACGCUGCUAGCGACUGCGAUGACGUCUCGCCUAUAUCUAUUUGGUGGCAAAUCCCCAAUGUCGCGCUUGGCGCCAUGUCUGAAAUCUUCAUCAACGUUACGGCCUACGAGCUGGCCUAUGCUCGCGCCCCAGAGCACAUGAGAUCGACUGUUGUCGCUCUCUUCCUGUUCAUGACAGCGUUGAGCAGUGCACUGGGACAGAUUCUUGUUCCGGCCAUCGAGGACCCAACCCUCAUUUGGGCCUGGGCUGCCCCGGGUAUCGCUCUCUUCGUUCAGACCAUCAUCUUUUGGUUCAGGCACCGAAACAUGAACGACGAUGUCUUCAUGACUCACAAGGAGGACUUUGAGAGCGUUAACUCUGGCGAGAAUAAACUCGUCGAGAAGGAUGAGAAAUGA